GAACAUUAUUCCUUCUAACUUGCGAAUUGCGAUGUGAGUUCGAUAUUUCAUGAAACCCUGAUUAUGACGCUGCAGCCUAAAAACCCAUCUGAGUUGCUAUUAUACAGAAUAUUAAACGGCGCCAAUUUAAUUGGAUAUUUUGAAAGUUUUGUCUCACAGGGAGGAGAUGAUGUAAAGCAACUCUGUGAAGCAGGUGAAGAAGAAUUUUUGGAGAUUAUGUCCCUAGUAGGCAUGUCAACAAAACCUCUGCAUGUCCGAAGAUUACAAAAAGUUUUACAAGAAUAUUGUUCAUAUCCUGAAAUAUAUGAACAGGAUUUUUCUACAAAAUUUAAUGUUACCUCAUGUGUUUUAUCAGAUUAUUCAAAAUUAUCUAAUACUCCUAAUCAUAUUAAUACUCAAAGUCUUACCCAUCCUUACGAAUAUACUCAAACUAAUUUUAACGAGGACCUUAAUUUAAAGGAUAAUUCUAGUGAACCUCAUAGAGAAUUGAAAACACAUGAAUUAGAAUAUUCAAAAACUAAUUGGCUUAAUAAAAACCCAUCAUUUAUAUAUAAUUCAUUUGCUAAUUCAGUGGCAAAUGCCAGCAUUCAAGAAUCUCACCAUUUAAAUAAUCAUCCAUUUUUAUAUCAUGAGAAUAACCAUUCCAAAAUUCUGUACACUAAUUCAUCUCCACUCAAAGCCUAUAAUCCUCAAAAUUAUAAUGAUAAUCAAAUAGCAUUUAUUUCACCAGUUUUGGCUUCCAAUAAUAAAAGUCCAUUCUUUCAAAGCAAUAUAAUAGAUAAUAAAAGCUUAUCUGUAAAUAAUUCGCCACCUCAUCCAUCACCUUAUAAUUUUAGUAUUAAAUUAGAAAAUAAUCAAAAUACUCAAAGCAUAGUAAAUAUUGAUGAUCAAAAAGAUAAUGAUGACUUACAUUUAUCAGUCAAGUCAAACUUUUUCAAAAAUAGUUUAAAUAAUAUUUUUGAUCAAAAUAACCUACAAAGUACAGCAGAAUUAUUGCUCAAUACACCGGCAUUUAAAUCUACUCUUCUAGAAUUGGGUAUAGAUUUAUUUGCAACAGCCCACACUACCCCACCUGCCUCAGAAGAUCCCAGCUCAUCAGACAAUGCUCCACCAAAAAUAUCUAGUAACCUUUUGUCUAAUACUAGCAUGGUCAAAGCUGUUUUAUUGGGAGAGGAGAAGGAAAAAAUAAAAGCCAACGUCAUAUCACUCAUCGCAACUUUACCUCCUUACACUCCCAAGAACCUUAACACCAAAAAACCCAUUAACAAGGAGAUAGAUGACCUAAUAAACUCAACAGAUCGAAACAAUGAUUGGGAGAAUAAAGUGCGCAUGUUUGGUGCUAUAUAUGGCAGAUUUGAUUCUAAGCGUAAAGAAAAACCCAUGUCUCUUCAUGAAUUAUACGUAAACGAAGCCGCCAUGGAGAUCUGCAUUAAAAGACCCGAACUUUUGACUCGUCGCGACGAACUUUUUCCCCUGGCCAGACAAGUGGUUAGGGAAAGCGGUUACCAGUACUCUAAGACUAGCAAGAGAGCUCGGGUUGGGUAUGCUAGCUCAAAUAAUGGCAAUAAUCACAAUAAUAAUAAAACGUGUGAUACAACAUUGAAUUCGAGUUCCUUCAUUUCUGCGAAUAACAUGAGCCAAAUCGAUUCAUAUGGAGGAGACGUUAACAACGAUUCCAAUGCAUUACCUAACACUUCUCAUUUAGGUUUUGACUCAUCUGCCAUUAAAUCCGAAUUUAAUCCUAACGAUUUUGUACAACAACUAUACCCACAAACAUCUCAGAACCCAUUAUCGCUACCACCCAACGAUGCUUUCAAUAAUAAAGUUAGGGAAAACAGCAAAAGUACUCCUAAUGUUCCUCCCACAGAUUAUUAUCACGAUGAUGAUAGAAAUUUUUCAACCAUGCCUCAUGCAGCAAAAUCAAUCAGCCAUUUUAAUAAGUAUUCAUCCAUAUCACAUCGUAUCCCAUAUAAUCAAGAUUACCAAUUAGAAACUAUGCCUCCUCGUAUACCCAGCUUAGAAAAACUCAACUCUUAUCUUUACAGUUAUCAGCAACAUAAUCUUACCUCCAAUUCCAAUAAUACUCAAAACCACUGCAAUAUGUUGCCAUCUUAUAUCGACAGAAAUUCGUCUCCCCCUGGCCUAGUCACUCCUUACCAUCCCUCGAAAUCGUUUAAUUUAAAUGUUAUUGAGGAGAGUAGAGACUCGUCUAUAUCUCAUCGACAAAAUCUUUCUAGUAUUUAUCCUUCCAACUCUUUAAUGAUAAACCAAGCUAAUAAUGAAAACGGGGGUUCACUCAUGAUUUCAGAAAAUCCUUCAAACCAUUACCCCGUCAAUUCGUUAAAUUUAGUGAACAACGAAAAUGAGGAUAGAAGCUUACACCAAAUUGCGCAGCAUGAACAACGGAACGAGGUCACGAUCGAUACUCAGCCCAUACAUUUUCCCAAUAUUUAUUCGCCACGAUGUACCUAUAACUCUUAUAACGAGCCAUUUAACCCUAUGCCACAAACGCAUUAUUAUACGGAAAGUUCGAUGACCAAUAAUGAACUCGACGCAAGAAAUAAUAUGAUGGAAAAAAACGAACGAUUGAAAGAGGUGGCUUUAAUGGAUAAUAAACAGAGCGGAGAUAUCGAUAGGCCGACUAGUACCAAUAGUAAUAAUAAUGUUAGGAUCAUGUCUACAUGAAUAGUUUUUUCCCCAGAAAAUUUGGGCAAGGGGGGAAAGCAAUAAUAUUUUUUUUUAAAUAUUGUGAUCCAUCACUCACAGAUGCAUAAAUCAAUUCAGAAAUGUAGGUGCAGACUUAUAUUUAUUUAUUUUUGUUUAUGAACAGUUGUAUAUUAUAUUAAUCAGAUUUUUUUUCACUUCAAAUAGAUACUAUAAACAAUCAAUUAGGUAUUAUUGGUUGUAUUUUAGAAAUUGGAAAUAUAAUUCUUUUUAUUUAUCUAAUUUUUUUUUGUA